CCGCGACAACAAAUGUGGAGCAGUGAAGCAGUCAUCAUAAAAGUUUGUUUACCCAGACGUUAUCUAAAUGUGAAUGCGUUUGCAUGAAAACAUAUGAUUCCCAGAUCCCAGUUGAAGAGAAAAUGGUAAAACAGAGCAUCCAGAUCUUUGCCCGCGUAAAACCCACAAAGAAACCGGCCUCGGUAUACUGUGUGGACAAUGGGGAGCCGGCGGGUUCCAUACUGGAAUUCCUUGUACCCAAGGACCUGGCUGACGGCUUCAUAAACAACAAGAAGGAGACCUACAAGUUCAGGUUCCAAGAGGUGUUUGAUCAAACAGUCAAGCAAGAGGACAUAUUUGAAGCCAUCGCCAAGCCAGUGGCGGACAGUGUAUUGUCGGGAUACAAUGGUACCAUCUUUGCCUAUGGCCAGACGGGUAGCGGGAAGACCUUCACCAUCACAGGAGGCGCUGAGCGCUACAGUGACCGGGGCAUCAUCCCUCGCACGCUCUCUUACCUCUACCAGCACUUCAGCCAGGACAGCAGUAUGGUGUACACCACCCACAUCUCUUACCUGGAGAUCUACAACGAGGUGGGCUAUGACCUGCUGGACCCCCGGCACGAGGCCUCUCGCCUGGAGGACCUACCGAAAGUUACCAUCAUGGAAGACCCGGACCAGAACAUACACCUGAGAAACCUGUCACUCCAUCAAUCAGCCAAUGAGGAGGAGGCUCUCAACUUGCUCUUCCUGGGAGACACCAAUCGCAUGAUUGCAGAGACCCCUAUGAACCAGGCAUCCACGCGUUCUCACUGCAUCUUCACCAUGCACCUGUGUGGCCGUGAGCCCGGCUCGAUCACCGUGCGGCGUUCCAAGCUACAUCUGGUGGACCUGGCAGGCUCGGAGCGGGUGGGCAAGACAGGCGUGUGUGGGCAGCUGCUCACAGAGGCCAAGUACAUCAACCUGUCACUGCACUACCUGGAGCAGGUCAUCAUUGCUCUCUCAGAGAAGAACCGCUUGCACAUUCCCUACCGAAAUUCCAUGAUGACGUCGGUGCUGCGGGACAGCCUGGGAGGGAACUGCAUGACCACCAUGAUCGCCACUGUGUCUGUGGACAAGAGAAAUGUUGAUGAAUCCAUCUCCACAUGUCGCUUUGCCCAGCGGGUCGCUCUGAUCAGGAACGAGGCUCUGCUGAAUGAAGAGAUGGACCCUGCCCUGCUAAUUGUGAGUCUGAAAAGGGAGAUCCAGUGCCUCAAGGAAGAGCUCUCUAUGGUGACUGGGGAGAAAAGAGAGGACCAGCUAACUCAAGAGGAGAUUCAUAAGAUGGAGGAGCUGGUCAAGGUCUUUCUGGAAGACCCUGAUUGUGAGGUCACACUGGCAUUGGGACCUGACAUGAGAAAAAUCCAUUACUGUUUCUCUCUGCUAAAGGUAAUGAUACGAGAGAGGUUGUCUAUUGGAGACGAGGGAAGCGAUCACCCAAGCCCUCCCCCACCUGUGGUAGUCCCCGACCAAAAAGACAGCCCCCAGGUCCAGCCUGCAGACCUGACCAAGCUGAGGGAAAUGUUGACUCAGCGCGAUAACGAGAUCAAUAUCCUGGUGAGCAUUCUGAAGAAGGAGAAGAAGAGAUCUAAGGACGCUGCUGCUCAACUGGCCAACAUCUCCAAUGGCCGUUCCUUGGACCCCCAGAGUCCUUUGAGGUUAUACACAGAGUCACUGGCAGGAGACACAGAGGCAGUUGAGAAUGACCAUGGAGUGCCACCCACUCUUUAUGGGGAAAGAGCGUCCAAGCUGUCGAUGGGCAAACAGGAGGCUUUUGAGAUCUUCAGGAGAGACCAUGAAGACCGGCUGACCAUCGAGGACAACAAGGCCCUGCUCAAACAGAGGUUUGCUGAGGCUAAAGCAUAUGGGGAGGAGGUGAAUGAAGCCAGAAACGGAGUCAAUAAACUGAAGAAGCAGUUGGAGUUGCAUAGGAUGCAGAGAGCCGCUCACGGUGUCACUGUUAGCCCAGCAGAGGUAGAGGAGGUAGACCCUGUGGAAGAAAACAUCCGCAGACAGAUGGAUGAGGAGAAGAAGAGUUACAAGAGCACCUUUGGCCAUCUGAAAACACUGAAGAUGGAGAUUGAGCACCUGCAGCUGCUGCUGGAGCGGUCAAAGGUGAAGCUCCAGAGAGACUUCCAGGAUUGGUGGAGCCAGGAGGCCGCCAUGCUACAGGUCCCAGAGUCAGAGGGCAUGGCUAGGGGUCAAAGUUCAAUACGGACCAAUCAGAGCUCCGAGUCGUCCUCUCCUAGCCAUCCAAUGACCAGAGCCCUGUCCUCCACUGAGCUCUCAAAGUCCUUCUUCCCUCUGACUGGAGACCAGCAGACAGACGCAGACAUCCUGGGCUUCAUUAGGGCCCGACACAACCUGCUAAACAGGACAGGGCCACCUCUGCCAUGACCAAAAUGCUUGUCUUGUGGCUGCAUCCCGAGCAGAAGUGAAGGAGUGCCACCCGGGAACAUCUGAAUGUGUUCGACACACAUAGGAUCUAUGCGAUUGGUGCCUAAUGAACUUAACCCAGAUGCUCUCACAUGUCCACAUGAGACUCAGGCCUCAAUUAUGUUAGAAUGGAUGUUGGUUGGAUGAAAGGGAACUGGAGGAAGACUAAAAUUCACUCACUCACUCUCUCUCUCAUACAUAUUUACAUUUACAUUUAAGUCAUUUAGCAGACGCUCUUAUCCAGAGCGACUUACAAAUACACACACACACACACACACACACACACA